AUGAACCAGAGCAACUUGUGCUUACAUGGCUGGUUCUCUCUCGCUCGUAACAACAACAACAUGAAUAUGCUUCUUCUCCCUCCACCACUACCCACUCGCCUCCCUUCACUUCACUUCCCUCCUUCAAUCUCCCCCCACCACCACAACCACCACCACCGCCGCCGCCGCCAUAUCUUCGACCCCCCUAGUAGGGAUCGUCUUUGGCCACAAUUACCCCUCCUCCACCUCCUCUCCACCACCACCACCACCGCCGCCGCCGCCGCCGCCUCAUCUCCGCCGACCUCACUCGACCCCACCGAGCUCCGACUCGCCGAGUCCUACCGAGCCGUCCCAGCUCCACUCUGGCACUCCCUCCUCAAAUCUCUCUGCUCAUCACAAUCCUCAAUCACAAUCGCUUACUCACUCGUCACUUGGCUCCAAAAACACAAUCUCUGUUUCUCAUACGAAUUGCUUUACUCCAUUCUCAUUCACGCUCUUGGUCGCUCCGAAAAGCUCUACGAAGCCUUCUUGCUUUCGCAGCGACAGACUCUAACGCCCUUGACUUACAAUGCUUUGAUUGGGGCUUGUGCUCGCAACGACGAUCUCGAAAAAGCCCUCAAUUUGAUGUCUCGGAUGCGUGGCGAUGGUUAUCAAUCGGAUUUCGUCAAUUACAGCUUGGUUAUUCAGUCUCUCACUCGUAGUAACAAAAUUGAUUCGGUGAUGUUGCUCAAAUUGUAUGAAGAAAUUGAGGAAGAUAAGAUUGAGUUGGAUGGGCAGUUGUUGAAUGAUAUAAUUGUAGGGUUUGCCAAGGCGGGUGAUGUCAAUCGAGCUAUGUUUUUCUUGGCUGUGAUUCAGGGGAAUGGGUUGAGCCCUAGGACUUCCACGAUUGUUACGGUUAUAUCUGCUUUGGGGAAUUGUGGGAGGACUGUGGAGGCAGAGGCGAUUUUUGAGGAGUUGAAAGAAGGUGGAUUGAAGCCUAGGACUAGAGCUUACAAUGCACUUCUUAAAGGGUAUGUGAAGACCGGUUCAUUGAGAGAUGCGGAGUCGAUUGUAUCGGAGAUGGAAAGAAGCGGGGUUACUCCGGACGAGCAAACUUAUAGUCUUCUUAUCGAUGCAUAUGCGAAUGCGGGUCGAUGGGAAAGCGCAAGAAUCGUGUUGAAGGAAAUGGAAGCUAGUAAUGUGCAACCCAAUUCAUAUGUUUUUAGUAGGAUUUUAGCAAGUUAUCGUGACAGAGGUGAGUGGCAAAGAUCAUUUCAAGUUCUUAAGGAGAUGAAGAAUAGUGGGGUGCAGCCUGAUAGGCAUUUUUAUAAUGUGAUGAUUGAUGCUUUUGGGAAGUAUAAUUGUCUUGAUCAUGCAAUGACCACAUUUGAAAGAAUGAGAUCAGAGGGGAUUGAGCCUGAUAAUGUUACAUGGAAUACCCUUAUAGAUUGUCAUAGUAAAUUAGGGCACCAUAAGAAAGCAGAGGAAUUGUUUGAGGAAAUGCAGGAAAGUGGAUUCACACCUUGCACUACAACAUAUAAUAUAAUGAUCAAUUCUUUUGGGGAACAGGAGAGAUGGGAGGCGGUGAAGAGCUUGCUGGGGAAAAUGCAGAAUCAGGGUUUACUGCCCAAUGUUGUUACAUACACCACACUUGUCAAUAUUUAUGGACAAUCGGGGAGAUUUAAUGAGGCAAUCGAAUGCUUGGAGAACAUGAAAUCUGCAGGGUUGAAACCAUCGCCAACCAUGUAUAAUGCUUUAAUCAAUGCUUAUGCACAGAGGGGUUUGUCUGAGCAAGCAGUAAAUGCAUUUAGGAUAAUGAGAGCUGAUGGUCUAAAGCCCAGUUCAUUAGCUCUUAAUUCAUUGAUUAAUGCAUUUGGUGAGGAUAGGAGGGAUGCAGAAGCCUUUUCUGUAUUGCAGUACAUGAAAGAAAAUGACUUGAAGGCAGAUGUAGUUACCUAUACUACACUUAUGAAAGCUCUAAUUCGUGUGGAAAAGUUUGAUCAGGUUCCAGCUGUUUAUGAAGAAAUGAUUUUAUCUGGGUGCACUCCAGACAGGAAAGCUAGAGCAAUGUUACGAUCUGCUCUGAGAUACAUGAAGCAGGCACUGAGGUCAUAAUUGAGAGCACAAGUCAUCCAGCUGGUCAAAUCAAAACUACACAAUUAGCUAACCAUGUUUGAUGUAGUUGAUAAUCAAUCAGAGUUCCCCUGAAAUUCUCCUACACCAAGUAGUUCUGUUUCUCUGAUGUACAUGCUGGGUUGUUCUCUAUCAGAUGGAACUCCUAGUGUGAUGAUGUUAUAGAGACCGAGAAUUGAAGACACAUACCAGUAUUUCAAGAAUCAAAAAAUGUGGAAGGACUUUAGCAAUUCAAAACACCUGUAACACAAUUUUUUUUUAUCUUUUUUAAUUGCACAAGUGCUUUUGCUUGUAUCAUAGUUGCAAAAAUCAGAAUUUUCAUGUUAUCAUGGAAAUAAAUGUUGUAGACUCCUGAUUUCAUUAGUCAUUUUGUAUUCAUAAUAUAUUCAAUAUAAGGGAGGUAAUCAAUACAUAUAGUUACAUUUUCUGCUUCA